AUGGCCUCAAAUGAAGUAGUGCCCAGCAAUAGUAUAGUCAUUGAUCCUAUGUGUACUAUAUGUCACAAGCUCUACAAAGAACCUUUACUGCUCUCAUGCCUUCACUCAUUCUGUAAGAAGUGCCUCCUCAAGCAUAUUGACAAGGAAGUAAAAACAGAUGGAGGAAAUAGGCACGUGCACUGUCCAACAUGUGAACAGAGGACUGUCUUAUCUUCUAAUGGUGAAGAAGCAAGUGCUGGGUUGCCUAUCAACCUGAGACUGAGCCAUCUCGCUGAGGUCACAAGUUACAAGAAGAAAAUGGAUAGCAAAGUGUCUUGUGAUCGCUGUGACAACAAGGGAGCCUCAUCCUUCUGUGCCAAUUGCUGCAUGUUUAUGUGCGAUACAUGCAAAGCUGACCAUCAGAGAUGGAAGGAGCUGCGAACACAUGAAGUCAUCGAGUUGGAGUCUAUAAAAAAGAAGGAAGGACAGUCACUGAGGAUACAGCACCCACCUCAAAUAUGCCAGGAUCACAAGAAGGAAGAAAUGAGGUUCUACUGUCUUGAUGAUGAGGAGUUAGUCUGCAGGGACUGUCUGAUGACUACUCAUAAUGGACACAAGAGAGACUAUCUUGAGAAAGUUGCCAAGAGUGAGCAAGAAGACCUCAAAAAGGUAAUGCCAGAUAUAACCAGUGCCAUGGGUCAACUAGACAAGGCAAUAGCAGCUGGUAAAAAGAUGGAGAAAAAAAUUAAAGCAUCUUCAAAGAAAGCCUUGACCAGUAUUGAUGGUGCAUGUGAGGAUCUUGUGAAAGCAGUGAGGGUAAGGCAAGAGGCACUGCAUGAGAGGUGCAAGGGCAUAGACAGUGGCAAGGAGGAAGUCCUGCAGGCCCAAAUACAUGAGUUCGAGAAACUGAAGAACAUUUUAACGUUUCUUGAUGAGACAAUGAAUGAUGCUGUCAACAACCACACACCAGAGGAGCUGCUGACAGUUAAGAAAGUUGUUAAAGCACAAGUUACCCGUGUACUGGAUAACUUUAGCCGAUUUCUACUUGACCUUCAAGAGAACGAAAUAAUCAAUACAUCAUUAGAAGUUGGUCCUAUAAUUGACUCAAUAGAGUCUCUUGGUUACUUUCCUGGAGUGCCUCAUCUUGAAUGCUGUACCAUUGAGGGAUUAGGAGUACAAGAAGCACUGGUUGGCAAGGAGAGAGUUUUUAAGGUGAUACUACGAGAUGAGAAGAACAAGCCAUUGGAAGGGAAUGUCUUGUUCCAGUAUGAGCUGAUCAAUAAAGAUGAUGCUGAUGCACCUCUACCUAAAGUAUCCAUUACACAAUCAGAGAAACAGAAUGAUGGAUGUGCCACACUAUCAAUCACUGUGCCCAACAGUGGCGAGUAUCAACUCAAAGUGAAAAUACGUAACGUCCCACUAGUUACUACUGAUCCAUUUCGUAUGUGGGCCCAUCCACCACGAGAUUACAAAAAAGAAGUGAAUCCUGAUGCACCCAUUGCAACACUGCCUCUACAGAAGUCAGCGUCACGUGGUAUAGCCAUUGAUUAUGCUACAGGUCUGCUGUAUGCAUCAGAUUAUGAUAACCACACAGUAAUGGUACUGCAAACAGAUGGUGAGGUCUACAAACAGAUUGGUGGCAAUGAUAAUGCUGGAGGUAACCUUUCAAACCCAUGGGGAGUGGUAGUGGCUAAUGAUACUUUAUACGUAGUCAGUUCCAACAGCCACAAGGUAAAGAUGUAUGCUCUGUCUGGUGACUUUAUUGGAGAGUUUGGAGAGAAUGGAAACGGUCCAGAGCAAUUCGAUAAUCCACGUGGCAUAGCAUGUGAUAAUGAGGGACACCUAUUCAUUGCUGAUUAUGGCAACGACCGUAUACUGGUCCUCACUAUGCAGGGAAAGGCGGUCUCUUCUAUUAAACCCAAUGCUAAACCGGUUGAUGUAGCAGUGGGCGUCAAUGGCUCAAUCCAUGCUGCUCUUGAGUCCAACACAGUACCAAUACACACUAGAUCUGACAAUGGGGAAUGGAACAAAGCUGGGGAAUAUAAUGCUGGUGGAAACGCAACAGGAAUAACGAUAGAUUGUGAAGGGUACAAGAUGGUCACUAUCAGUUCUGAUAAAAUGAAUAUCAUAGCUCCAAAUUCUAGCGAUGUCUUAAAAACAUGUCCUAAUGUAUCACGUUAUGGUGUCGCUAGGGACUCACAAGGUUUCAUAUACGUUUCACACAACAACAAAACUGAGAUGCUCAAGUAUUGAACGAAGAGAACUCAACAAUAGUAAAAUAGAGUGAUAAUAGGAGGAUAUAAAUGAUUAAUAAUUAUAGUACACACAUUAGAACAUAAAUGACACAUACACAUGAUUAUUAUAGGCAGUUUUGUCAAUCAAUUUCAGUUAUACAUAGGUGACAUCAUUUAUUGUCCCUCAAUGCUUGCUCUGUUGUAGUUUGUUUAUUACUAUUUGAA